GGAUUUGGCUGAAUUUUUGAAAGUAAAAUUCACCAAAAUUGAGUGUGAAGCGUUUGAUAAACCUUUUGCAAGUUUUAAAAAAUGCUAUCUAAAAGCUCGGGCUCGUGAUGUUAUCUCUAUGCAUCUUCAUGUGCAACUUCAUGAAGUACCCAUCAAUAAUAUAACGCUCAACGUCCAAUUCUUUCAAAAGGGUAAUGGCUAUCGUCCCUUUUUGUACAACAAUACAAUGGACUUGUGUGAAUUUUUCAAACACCCCAAACGUUUUAUGUUUUGGAAGAUUCUCUAUGACUGCUUCAGGCCAUAUUCCAAUGUAAAUCACACCUGCCCUUAUGAUCAUGAUAUCAUCAUCGAGAAUUUAAUACUGAAUACAGAGAUGAUGACCUUAAUUCCAUUUCCCGAAAACGAUUAUAUGAUACAAUUGCAAUUUGCUGCCUAUGAUGUCUAUAGGGCAAAAGUUAAAGUCUAUUUAAGGAUUUUUUAGAUUAAAAGAAACCCCCAAAUGGGUUUAACUCUGUAUUUAUUUUAAUAUUCAGGAUAAAAGUAGCCCAUGGGUGGA